GUAACGCCAUCUUGAGAUAUUAUUUCUCAAAAAUUUUUUCAUGCCUAAUUUGUCAGCUGGCUAGUUGGUCUAUCCGUCUAUGUAAUAUUUUUAUUCACAGGUUGUGCAUUCAUAAAUGUUGAUAAAUAAAUAAACAAUCAGUCAAAAAGAUACAUAAACAGAUACAGACAGAUAGAUUUAAACUUUUAAGUAAAGUUAAAAAAUUUAUAAAUUGUAGUAUUAUUAAAGAUAAAAUUAUUAAUAAAUAAUAUAUAAAAAUGCCAUGCUGGUAUUAUGAUAAAAAAGAAUUAAGGCGUACACCAUCAAUACAAGAUGGUAUUGAUUAUGACACUGAGUGUAGAUAUAGAAAAGAAGGUGCCAGAUUUAUCAUUGAUACUGGAUCAAAAAUGGAUCUUGGUUAUAAUACUAUGGCUACUGGAGUUGUAUAUUUUCACCGAUUUUAUAUGUUUCAUUCAUUUCAACAAUUUCCUCGUCAUGUAACAGCUUGUGUUUGUUUAUUUCUUGCUGGUAAAGUUGAAGAAACUCCUAAAAAAUGUAAAGAUAUUAUUAAAAUAGCUAAAAGUCAAUUAACUGAACAAAAAUUUUUGACAUUUGGUGAAGAUCCAAAAGAAGAAGUUAUGACAUUAGAAAGAAUUUUACUUCAAACAAUUAAAUUUGAUCUUCAAGUUGAACAUCCUUACAGUUAUUUGCUUGAAUAUGCUAAAUGUUUAAAAGGUGACAAAAAUAAAUUACAAAAAAUGGUUCAAAUGGCAUGGACAUUUGCAAAUGACAGUUUAUGUACAACAUUGUGUUUACAAUGGGAACCAGAAAUAAUUGCUGUUGCAUUACUUUAUCUUGCUGGCAAAUUGAGUAAAUUUGAAGUUGUUGAUUGGAAUGGAAGACAACCAAAACAUUUACGUUGGUGGGAUAUGUUUGUUGAAGAUUUAACAAUGGAUUUACUUGAAGAUAUAUGUCAUCAAGUAUUAGAUCUUUAUUCACAAGCAAAUCAAGCUAAACCACCAGAUUCACCACCAUUAAUACCACCAAGUCAACAAGCAUCACGUGAAAAUCAACCACCAGUAGCUAUUGAUCAAUCAUCAAAUCUUUCAAAUGUUGUAACACCAAGUAAAAUAACAAAAAUUGAUUCAACAAUUGUAUCAUCAAAUGGCUAUCAACAAACAGAUCCAUUAGAACCAUCAAAAUCACAAGAUAAAUUAUCACAUUUUCCAAAUUAUCAACAAGGUUUUAAAAAUACACCUGGUGGUUAUCAAACUGGUUUUUCACAAACAAAUAUAUCAGUACCACCACCAUCAGUUAAUACAGUUAAUCAUAUGGUUACAACAAUGCGAAUGGGUUCACAUAUACGUCAACCAUCAACAAUACCAUCAACUGUUGUACAACCUGUUGUUGCACCACCACCACCACCACCUCCACCAUUACCAGCACCAUUUGUGCCUUAUGGAUAUCCAACAAAUGCAUCAUAUUUUCAAGCUGGUAAUCAAAUUGCACAACCACCACCACCACCACCACCAGGAAAUUCAACACGUAGUUAUUAUGCUAAAAAACCCUGAUAAUAAUUUAUUAAUUUUACGGUAAAAAAAAAAACAUUAUAUUUAACAUUUUUUUUUUUUUCAAUUAUAAUUUAUUUAAUUUCUUUUUUUAUUUUUAUUUUUAAACUAAAUUUCAAUCAUCAAAAAACAUAUAUUUUUAAUGAAUGAAAUAAUAAAGCUGGCUAUUUAUCAAGUACUAAAAUAAAUAAAUAAAAAAAGUAUGUGUAAUGUUUGAUCAAUAAUUUAAUUAAAUAUUAAUCACAAAAAAAAAUAAAUAAAUAACAUUUUAUUAUUAAAAUUACAAAAUAU